CCGACGUAUUCCGAAAAUCGAACGCCAAAACUUUUUCUCAUACUAAAACUCCUUCGAAGGUAACGGGCUAGCGAGCGCGAUCAGUGCUUUUUUUUUUAAAUAAAACGACGCUGUGUCUGUGGUCUAUUAGCUUUUCAGCCAGUGAUAAAUCGAGUCAGAAUUUAUUGCGAUACAGCUGAACUGAAUCGGAGCGUGCUUUUGUGAAUUAAUCUUAAUUGAAAUUGGACAGAUUAAAGAAGAUGUUCACGCGCACCGGACGCAGUUAAAAAAGUUUCAACAUGGAACCUUCAAAUAUAAUACACAUUUACGAAGUAAGAUGAACAUCGUCCAAACGAAAAUGAUACUAAGAGAGCAUUUAACACACGCCCACAAUGCAUGAGUUCAUAUUCUUCCAGCCACUCUCAUCGUUACCAGAAUCUGAUAUAGUGGAGCAUGAAUGGUAUUGGGAUGUACCGGAGAACUUUUCUUUGAAGGAUUUCAAUAUAUCUAUUGAUUACGGGAACGGAACUAAGAAUGGAACGGAUUUUAAUAAGGAAGUUGUAGUGAACAAUUGGUGGGCUCUAGUUGCUCUCUUGUUAGUGGUGUGUACGGCUGCGGGGAAUGUACUGGUGUGCCUGGCGAUAUAUUUGGAGAGGAGACUGCAGAACGUGACAAACUACUUUCUGAUGUCGUUGGCCAUAACUGAUCUGCUGGUUGCGAUAUUAGUGAUGCCCCUGGGAAUAUUGACAUUGGUUAGAGGUUAUUUUCCCUUGCCUGCGGUGUACUGCCUAACUUGGAUCUGCUUAGACGUCCUCUUGUGUACUGCCUCCAUCAUGCAUCUCUGCACCAUCAGCAUUGACAGAUAUCUAUCGCUCCGCUACCCGAUGAGGUUUGGAAGGAAUAAGACAAGAAAAAGAGUCACAAUCAAAAUCGCGUUCGUUUGGAUCCUGUCGACGGCAAUGAGUCUUCCAUUGAGCUUAAUGUAUUCUAAGAAUGAAGAAUCGGUCCUGAUUGGUGGGUCCUGCCAGAUCCCCGACCCGCUUUAUAAGGCGAUUGGCUCCAUCAUCUGCUUCUACAUACCUCUGGGCGUGAUGUUGCUGACGUACGCUCUGACUGUGCAACUUCUGGCGAGGCAAAGGAAGGGGCUUGGUGCUGGAUGGGCGGCAGGCUGGCUCGGUGCGCCUCCAAUCGAGAGGCGGUGUACUUGGAAAAGGUUCCUCGGGCCCAGAGGUGGCACACCGCAGCACUCCGCCGCCUCGACCGAAACCGAGCUUCCGCCCAUAGAUACUAGGGACUUGUGGAUACAAGAUUCCAGUGAGCCUGCGCCGUCCGCCAUGACCGCACUGCACCAGUUCGGCGCCGAGAUGUUGCGACUAUCGCGAGGCUUGGAAGCUUCUGCUGCGAUCAAACCACAGUACAGAGGGACUAACAUAUCUGAACGAGGCGGCAUGUUGACACCCGGAUCACUGAGUGUAUCGUCCAGUUCACCAUCUUCGAUGCUUCAGGAUAGAAGACGACCUUCUUCAACGGGCGAACCAAAUACUCCUUUGCAUAGACCCAGAAGUGCGUCAGACGACGAAAGCAACGAUGGUCUUUUAGCUCCCGCCACUUUGACUGCGAAGUCAAGGAGCUCAGAAGACGGUCUACUACUUCCCCCGCCGUGCACUUGCCCGUAUUUCGGUACAGAUUCCACUCCACCCAGACGGACCACCGAAGUCAUCAUAGUUCCCGGUGGAGAUAUAAAUGGUUGCAACGGUUAUCCACGGAACGGGAAUUUGAAAGGUGAAGAACCGCAGUAUUUUAGACGAUCUAGUCGUGGGGCUGCCUCAAUGGUUACUUGGGAUGAAGCCAGAAGGUUUAGGAGAGGUUCUAGCUUUGGUGGUGCACGAACAACUUUGUCGACUCCAGUACGAAGUAUACGGGCUCAGAGGUCAAUAACAUCUCGUCCCCAACAAAUUGUAACACCGAGUCCCCAUCGUCAAACGCCUAGAACCCAUCAUUCGAGGAACUCUAGUGUAAUUUCCAGGAAUUCCUCUCGCCACGGUAGAAUUUUGCGCCUAGAACAGAAAGCCACAAAAGUACUUGGGGUAGUUUUUUUUACGUUUGUUGUACUCUGGGCGCCGUUCUUCAUUCUGAAUAUGGUGCCAGCAGUGUGUCCAGAAUGCGAAGGGCGAAUAUCACCCUGGGUGUUCGAUUUUGUGUUAUGGUUAGGAUACGCCAGUUCAAUGGUGAAUCCCAUAUUUUAUACUAUAUUCAAUAAGGUAUUCAGGCAAGCCUUUAAGAAAGUAUUAAUGUGUCAGUAUUGUAAGUCUCAAAGAUAGCCAGCACCCUGGGAGCGUCUCCGGCCAUCAUCAGAUCCUGGGAUCGGAGCGCUCUCAGUCAACAGACCAAAUGUUCGAUCUCAAUUUGUUUAAGAGUCACUACACGAGCUUUAAUUAAAUACGCUUCAUCUUUAACCUGCAUCUCUGUAGAUAAUACUUCGCAUACAAAUUACUUUAAUAUUUUAUUUUUCGAUAAGCUCUGCAUCACUCGUUAAAUUGCGGCGCACAAAAUAGAACCUUAUCUUUACAGUGGUUUCAGACUAGCGUUUUAUACGCGCGUAAAAGCUCUUUUUUGGAAGUGUAUGUAGGCGCAUAUAGGCGCAACUUUUGUGAUUCGCUCAACUCGUACGAGCGUUGACGAGCUUGUAAGCUCGUAUAAGCGCGAACCGUGAGAGACACCACUACCGUUUGAGCUAACUCGCCGAAAUAUGCCCGUAUAUGCGAGUCCGGUUAUUAGAAGCACGCAAUGUAGGGCGUUUAGCCAAAACGACCGUAGACGCGCAGAAAAAAAGCCACCGUCUGCUAGUCUGCCACCGCUUUUACUGUGACCUCAUAAUUGUACCUGUAAACUUGAACGUAGGACAUUUGCAUUUAUAUAGAAAUUGCCACUGUAAACUACACUUAAUUUACAAAGACUGAGUGGAUUUUUUGUAAAGCAGCAAUAAUGGUUUAAUAAGUAAUUAGAAUUACUUUGACAUUGGCUGUAGUAUUUUAGGUCAAUUUAUGUUUUUAUUAAUAAUAUACCUAAUCAAUGAUCUCAGUUCUAUUCCAUUUUUAUCUUUAAACCUUGAGUAGAAUUAAUGCAAAUUAUAUUUAGGAGUAUUCGCUUGUUCUUGUAUUAAACUUGCCUUUCUUUAAACUUGAUACAAUAUUGAGCAUAGAAGUGGCAUGUUUUCAUUUUAGUCAGUGUUCGUAAAAUUAUCUAGUCAUUGUAAUCAAUUACGAGUCGCGAUGGAUUAUGAAUACAUUAUUGUUACAGAGAAAAAAAAAUAUGCAACAGUCGAGGCCAUUUAGUGCGUACUUUAUUAGGUAGCAAUACGGAUGACAUUCGAUGUGCAAAUGUAUGUACUGAUAUGGUCUCGACUGUAUCACAAAGUGAAAGGGCGCUUGUUAUCGAGACGAUUUCUGCCCGGGUCUAGGCACGGUUUUCAACCAUGUCUACAUCCGAUCGUCAGUAAGUAUGGGACAAUGAGGAGGUUUGUUAUGGAUCCCGAUGUUAGCGACGGUUUGGAGUCGGUACAAACCAUGCUCGUGAACAAACUUAGCCGGCACCGGUUCGGGAAGAAACCGUGCCUAGACUCGAUGGAAAAUCAUUCGUUAACAAACGCUCUAAAGAGACAUAUGAAUGUUUAAAGUAACUAUUAUGAAAUAAUUUAGUAUAAUUAGAAAAAUGUUGAAAAGAAUAUAAUUGACAGAAGAUUUUAUUGUUGUAAUAUUUAUUAUUAUUAUUAGGGUAUUUCACAUUGCGUUUUUAUUAAUUUGUCAGUUCCUAUUUAUGUGAUAAGUGGCUUAAAAAAUAAUCGAGAUAUUCGUAUCGUAAGAAGCAUUGAAUACUUUUUGAACAUACAUACUCCACAGAUCUAUAUGAAAGUCGACGCCGGCGCUGCAUGGACUGCAAAUUGUAUGGAAACCGCGCGUGUCAAAUUUUAAGUACUCAUGUGAACAAUAUACAUGGCCGUAGGACAGAUGGGAUAUUUUAUUGAAAUAAUAUAACAUUUUAUUUUUAAUAUUAAGUAGAACUGCAGUCACAAUUUUUUUUUAUCGCCUGCCAGAACCGGGAAUCAAGCUCGUGAAAUGUGGAAAAAACACGACGAAUUUUAUGAUAACCUUCGAAAGGGACUACCUAGGGACCGAAAGAUACUCAUAAGGAUUAUUCGUUCCUAAAUAACAUAGCAUUUUAAAUGAAAGGAAGAUCAUGAAAUUAAAAUUUUGUUCAGGAAAAUUUACUCUAACUUUUCCGUGCUUCCAAAAACUAAGAUUAUCAUUUCAAAGUAUUAUAUACUAACUAGUGCAUACUCACCUACAAGAUUUCCUUAUUAUAAGUACGUGAAAAAUAAAUAUUAAUCUAUAAUUAUACAAAAGUGAAAGGUACUUGUAUGCAUUUUUCUGUAUUGUUCCAAUUACUAGGGGACUGACUUUUUUGUGGGGUUAUGUAAAAGAUAUAGUUUACAAGAACCGGUACGACAGUGUGCAGGAAUUACAAAACUGAAAUUUGACGUAUUAUUUCACAUUCACCGCGCAAAGUUCAGUUAAUCAACAUAUCGAGAUAAAUUAUUAAAAGACUAAGAAUUUGUAUACUACAUAAUGCAAUACAUUUUAAACAUUUGAUAAAUUAAAUGAAAAAAUUGAGCCGUUUUGUUUUCAUAGUAGUUUGUGUUUAUUUCAGAUAAAAUAUCAAAUUUCAUGAUUAUGUAAUUUAAUUUAAAAAGCUGUUAUUUAGAAAAUAAUAAUCCUUAUGAUUAACUUUGCGACAGUUAUCAUAAAAUCAUGUGUUUUUUUUGUUUCACAUUUCACGAGACUGAUUCUUGGUUGUGGCAGGUGAUUUUAAAAAAAACUGUGACGGCUGUUCUUCUUAUUAUUAAAAAUAAAAUGAUGUAUUCUUUUAGUCAAAUAUCCUGUGGUCAAUAUUAAAUAUAAUUGGCAUGUCAUCCCUCCGUGUGGCAUGACUGUGGGACGCCCUGUAUAGCAUAUCAAUUAUAAAUUAUUUUUUAUGUAAAUAUUUGCUGAAUAAAUAAAAUAUAUAUAUAUGUAUAUCGUUUUUACAGCUUACUAUGACAUAGUUAGAUGUUUUAAAACAUUAAUAUUGAUAUAACGGUGACGCGAAAAAAUAAAUUAGCGUAAAACGUGAACAUUAAUCUCCCUUUUAGCAUGCGAACUACAUACACUUGAGUUAUCUGUUUCGAUCUAUGCCUGUGACAUAACUUCAUAACGUUAACUACUUCAUGAUGACAAUUUCUCAGUACAAUAAUAGAAAUAUUGAUUUUAUCGGAUAAGAAAUAUCCGAACUUUUAUAUUUCGUUCCAAAUUAUUAUACUGAAAUCCCAACAAUUAUUACCUUUUUUUAAUAACAACUCAGUUUAUUUUUUCAGAUAAUAAAUAUAAAAUUUUAUUUCAUUUAAAUACCCUUUCAGGAGAAUUUUAUGAAUGCUGAGGGAGUCCGUGAGGCACUAGCCCACGCGGACUCUCUCCGGCCCCGGCGUCGGAGGGUGGGGGUUAGGAGACGGUGGUUUGACCGGCUCAUAGUCAUCACCCACAAAGCCCAGCGGGGUCCAGACUUGAGAGGUCCUCUCUCUCUUGAGAGGACUCUGCAUUGCACAGAUCUUUGGUGAUAGAUGGGGAUGCCCCUGAUGCCUCGAUGCAUCCCCAAGUUGGGUGUGUCCGUUCCAGUCGGACAAUCACCGGUGGGGGCGCGGAAGUAUACGGAAAGGUUCCCGUGGCUUCACCUAGUGCCUUAAUCUCGCCGGGCGGAGUACCGCCUUAUGGUGGGUCUUCCGCCCGACGAGAUCUCGGCCCUACGGUGAGGUAAGGUGCAUUGUGCAUUUUUAGUAGGUAGAGGGCUCUUCCCAAGCGAUAGGAGAGGGGAGGAUUCCCACAUAGCCUCACCGCACUCCCGGGGCGGCGGGGUGCGUGUCACGCAUUUUCAAGAAGUAAAAAAAAGUGGGAGAAUUAAACAAAAUGUCAAUGGUCGCGCGGCGUCGCCUAGCUCUCCGAUGAUAUCGACCGCGACAACACCACUAAUCCCACAAAUUUAAAGCAAUGUUUUAAACAAAUUAUCAAGAGUCGAAUACACCGUAAUCAAAUAGACCAGUACUUAAUAGUACACAAGUAUUUCAUGCCUUAGCAAUUAUUCUUCUCCAAGUAUUGUCCCUCAAAAUGUCUUCGUCGCGGUCGGUCGCUAAGAACCGAAUGCUACUUAUAGAUGUUACGCUUAACACCAGGCAGACAGGUAGACAGACAGUUUGCCAUGCUAUAUACAUUUUAAUUACCUAACUAACCUUUCAGAUACCUAAUGCUGCAUAAAAGAGGGACAUUUCAUAUCAAUACGAGACUCAAACUUGAUAUCGUUAAAACAUAUUAUUAUGUAGUACUACUACUACUACCUUUGUAAAUAAAUGUGCUUUGAGCAAAUCAUAUUUUUGGUUGAAGGUUUCUGAAACUUUUACAGGUUCAGCUAUAUCUAAAAUAAAAACUGUAGAUCCUAUUUAGUCCUAUUGUAAAUAAUAUUUGUGAAAUAUUAUAAAAAUAGAAAAUAUACGUUUAUAUUAAAAGAAACUAAAUGUUGUAAAUAAAGAGAAAAUCAAAGGUGUUUCAUAAAUGGUUUGGUGGAUAUUAAAAUUGAAUCGGAAUUAAACGAUAUGAUCGUGA